UCAAACUAAAGAAGUACAACCGCUUCCUGGUCAGGUCAAAAUAAACAAGAGAAAUGGCUACUUCAGACGAAAUUAAACGUCUUGAAUAUUUAUCUUUGGUGUCAAAGGUGUGCACGGAGCUGGAGAAUCAUCUGGGAAUAAGCGAGAAAGAUCUGGCUGAAUUCAUAAUCAGUCUGGCAGAAAAACACCCAACAUUUGAGGAAUUCAAAGCAGUUCUGUCUGAAAAUGGAGCAGAUUUUACAGAUACCCUCAUUGGUAAUUUGCUUAGACUCAUUCAGAGGAUGCGAGCCAUACCGUCAACAAGUGAAGCUCAUCAGCCAGAGGCCAAGACAAAGAGUGAGAAGGACAAGAUGAAAAAGAAAUACCCUGCCUUAUGUAAACCAGAUGCUUCUGUGUGGAUGAUUCCACCAUGCCACACAGAUAAAGAUGAUGAGCAAGUCGCUGCAGCAGCCAUGAAGGAGCUGGAGAUGCUCAUGCCUAACUUCUGUGGGAAAGCUCUGAUAAUGGGUCAGCCGAGCCUUUGCACAGAGAAGGAGGUCGAGACACAGACAGAGAAGGCGGACGUAAGCGAAGUCGUUCUCGCUCCAGAUCAAGAGAUCGUGACGGACAAACGAACCCCAAGCGCAGAAGGAAACGGGUGUCUCGCUGGAGUGACCGUCCACCGAGCCCACACAGAGACGAUGACAACAACAACAACAACAAGGAUGACAAAGACUCUAAUCGCUGGAAUGAUAGACUUGUGGAUCGGCCUCCGCCAGAAGAGCCUGUUGUGGGCGACAUCUACAAUGGCAAAAUCAGCAGUAUUAUGCAGUUUGGCUGUUUUGUGCAACUAGAGGGCCUCAGAAAACGCUGGGAAGGCCUGGUGCACAUCUCAGAGUUGCGCAAAGAAGGACGUAUAGCCAAUGUGGCUGAUGUGGUGACCAAAGGCCAAAAGGUGAAGAUCAAAGUGCUGUCAUUCACUGGAACCAAAGCCAGCCUUAGCAUGAAGGAUGUGGACCAGGAGACAGGGGAGGACCUGAACCCCAACCGGAGACGGAACCUGGACCCUGGAGCUGGAGACGAGCCAUGAGGAAC